UGCUUGCUGUGUGCAAAGGGCGCGUGUACAUACAUGACGAAGCCCGAAACUCGAAAGUUGUCAGUCAGUCUCGAGUCUCGACUGCGUAACAGUCAAGUCAGAGCGUCGAGCGUCCCAUCACCCCGCACAUUCGCCUUCCAAACAACGCCCCCCAUCCUGACCCGGACCACAGAGAUCAUACACAUCAGACGCGCCCGACUCUUUGGGGGCCCUUGCAAGAAUGUCUCGCAGUAGCUACGACAGAUACCUCACCGUCUUUUCCCCCGACGGGAGGCUGUACCAGGUAGAGUAUGCGUUCAAAGCUAUCGCUGCUGCCGGCUUCACCUCCAUCUCUGUCAGGGGCAAGGACACAGCUGUAGUCUGCACGCAGAAAAAGAUUCCUGACAAACUGCUGGAGCCAUCGAGCGUGACGCACAUCUUCAAGAUCACGCAAGAGAUCGGAUGCAUCGUGACUGGGCGAAUCGCCGACGCACGCUCCCAAGUGCAGCGAGCUCGCUCGGAAGCUGCCGAAUUCAAGUACAAGCAUGGCUAUGAUAUCACACCUGACCUGCUUGCCAAACGGAUCGCCAACAUCAAUCAAGUCUAUACGCAAAGAGCUGCUAUGAGACCUUUGGGCAUCUCCAUGAUCAUUAUCGGUCUGGAUUUUGGAGAACCGCAAGUCUUCAAGAUUGAUCCUGCUGGGUAUUAUGUAGGAUUCAGAGCUACGGCCGCUGGUGCCAAGCAAACCGAAGCGAUCAAUUAUUUGGAGAAGCAAUUCAAAAAGACGUCUAGCACGACGGCAUCUGCCGGAGCUGCCGAGGGAGCAGCAGCUUCUGCAGGAGCGGAGCACAGCGCAGAUGCAGCAGCAGCCGAAGCCGAAGCGAUUUCUAGACGCAUGGGAUCUCAAGAAGUCAUCGAGCUGGCCGUUUCCACCCUGGCUACGGUCCUCUCUCAGGACCUCAAGGCGGAAGAACUGGAAGUGGCCAUCGUGGGGGGCGAAAAGGCAGCAGAUUUGAACGAUGAGAGCAAGGAGGCUCAAGCGCAGAGGCGCUUUAGAAAAUUGACGGAGGAGGAGGUUGGAGCUGUGCUGGAUAGGCUUGCGGAGAGGGACUAAAUGCUGACGUUAGUGCGGCUCCCACGUCACGUCACGUCACGUCUCGUCUCGUCUCGUCUCGUCUCGCAUGUGCGAGCUUUUCGACACUCGAACGGGACUCGGCAAGAUGAUAAAUGAGAUUUGUUUUAACGA